CUCCGCCGCUCACCGCCGUUGUCGUGGUCGUGGUCGUUCGGAAUUUGGAGAGAGCGAGGAUUGAUGUUUUAAUGGAGAUCAAAGGUGGCAAGAAGAAUCCUUCCAGUAGUUCCCAAUACGAGACCCCUCUCGGUUUCAUCAUCGAAGACGUUCGUCCUCACGGUGGCAUUCACAAAUUCCAAUCGCCUGCUUACUCUAACUGCGUGAGGAAGCCAUCCUGAUACAAUUUUCCUGUCGGUGAGGUAGAUGAAUAUGGACACUCCAGUAGAGUAGGAAGAAGAAGAAGAAGAAGAUUGCAGUUUUUUCUUUGUUUUUUGAUUUUUUUUAUAUAGAAAUAUAGAAAAGUGAACUCUUUUUACAAUCUGUGCUGCCAUGGCGGAAGCUCUGUCGUCGGCCAUAGGCUUUGAAGGCUUUGAAAAGCGUUUGGAAAUCUCAUUCACUCCGCCGCCAUUGUUCCGAGACCCGCGAGGAAUGGGGCUCCGGGGCCUGACCCGAGAUCAACUCGACUCCAUUCUUGAACCGGCGUUUUGCACCAUUGUUUCCGAGCUCUUCGGCGCCGAGUUUGACUCGUACGUUCUCUCCGAGUCGAGCAUGUUUAUUUACCCUCUGAAGAUUGUUCUCAAGACCUGUGGGACUACCAGGCUGCUGUUAUCGGUUCCAGUGAUCUUGAAACUUGCUGACUUGCUAUCGCUCGGCGUUGACUCGGUCAAGUACUCGCGGGGAACCUUCGUCUUCCAGAAUUCUCAGCCCGCUCCUCACCGAAGCUUCUCGGAGGAAGUGGCGUUCCUGAACUCGCAGUUUAAGAACGGCGUCGCUUUCGUGCUCGGAGACCCGGAAUCGCCAGGCCGGAACUGGCAUGUGUACGUGGCGGAGGUGGGGUCGGGAGCACCGGCGCCGGAGACGACGGUGGAGAUUUGUAUGACGGGGUUGAGCCGGGAGAAGGCGGCUAUGUUUUUUAAGAGACCCGGUGGGGAUGGUGAAAUGACGAAAAUGUCCCGGAUAUGUGACGUCAUUCCGAGUCACGUGAUUUGCGACUUCGAGUUUGACCCUUGCGGCUACUCAAUGAACGGGAUGGACGGCGCGGCUUAUUCCACGGUACACGUGACGCCGGAGGAAGGCUUCAGCUACGCUAGCUACGAAGCCAUGGGGGUCGAGCUAAGCCUCGUCGGGCUUGAGGCCCUGGUCAAGCGGGUCCUCAACUGCUUCGAGCCAGCCGAGUUCAGCGUGGCCGUCACUCGCUUUGGAGUUCCGGCGCGAGACAAGAUUUGGCGUGGCGGCAAUGCUGACGUGGACAGGUACGCGUGUCGAUUCAGGGUAACACAAGAGCUCCCGGGCGACGGUCGCAUCGAUUACCGGUGCUUCACAACCAAUAAGGUGGCUUCGCGUCCCUCCGCUUUGCAGUGCUGGAAGGAAACAGAGGAGGAAGUGGCAGUUGUCGGUGGCUUGCCUUUUGGUACGACGGCGUCAUCUGUAGGGUCACCGGCGAUUUGUGAGUUAGUCUGCUAGUCAUGUUAUUUUGUACCAUUAAGUUGUUGAAAUUUAUUAUUAAGAAAAGGGUUUAGUUAUAAUCCAUAUUUUGGUUUAUGUUAAUUAGGUCUUAGAUAUGAUGAGUGAUAGAUGCAUUAAAAAAAAAAGGCUUUUCAAGCCAUGUAUGUAAGUAUGUAACUAAACAAGAGUAAUUUUGUAA